AUGCCACCAGCGCCAGCCCCAGCACCACCACGGAAUCCUCUCAAGCCUGGAAAGUGUCCAGCAUUUAACCUAGCUGCUUUAACGUGCCAAGCAGGAGAACUUCCAAGGAAAUGCUAUAAUGAUCUCAGUUGUCUAGGAAGACAGAAAUGCUGCAGAAGAUUAUGUGAAUUCGUUUGUUUGAAUCCUGCUCUAGUUACGAAAUCUGGCAAUUGUCCAUUUGUUAAUUUGGCUCUUGUAGAUUGUUUCGCCGGUCCCUUGCCUAGGCAAUGCAGUAAUGAUGGAGGUUGCCCAGGGAAACAGAAGUGCUGCAGACGAGGAUGUGCAAUAGUUUGUAGAGAUCCAGGAAAUCCUUGUCCUCCAGAGCCAGUUUGUCCUUCCUCACCUGUAAGACCUGAUCAAUGUGAACCAAUGUGUAUAUUUGAGUACGAGACGUUAAAUGGAAUCACAUGUAAAAUUCGAUGCACUCGGGGUCCUUUGGGCCCUAGACCACGACCAGGACAGCUUUGUCCACCAACAGGGGUAGGUAAAUACCGUCACAAAAUAACCAAGUGUCCUUUGUUUCAUCCCCCGUCUAAACCAUCACCUACAGAACCAGAACCACCUGCACCUGCACCGCCACCACGGCCAUUCCAGUUAAUGUCUGAUACGGGGGAGUGGAUGGUUAUUUCUGAGGGGUGUAAAAUUCAUACAUAA